UUUUGAAGAUAAUAGCGAUAACAUAACUGCACAACAGCCAUGUACUGUAGGUGGUGCCAUGUGUGUAGACUGUUAUGCGCCAAAAAACUAAAGAAGAAGAAGAAAAAGGAGAGCCAAUCUUGACGUUACGGCCUGAAAUCCAGUGUCUCUUUUAGAAUGAAGAGAAGCAGAAAAACAGCCUGUGAAAUGAGUGCAUAUGAGGAGAGAGAGCAGGAGGCUCCUGUUGACACUCAGAGAGCAUCAUCUCCAGGAUUCAGCUGUGUUUCAAUGGAGAGUAACAACUUAAAGUUUGUGCCCUCUGAGCUCAGUGAUGGACCUGCUGUGACCUUUGACCCUGUCAGGAAGAGAAAGAGAGCAGCUUCUCCACUGCAGCCCCCUGAUCUCAGUGACGAAGCAGUGGCCUUUGAUACUGUAGGUGGGAGAGCUGACCAGAUCAGAUAUGUGUCCUGUCCAUCCAGCACAUCCUACUAUAGUCAGAACCACAUCAAUUAUCAUGACACAGAAGCAGCCCUGCAAGUUGAUUCUCAUCAACUAGUGCAUGAUGAUCUGAAGAGAGUCAAAGACCAGCACAAAACCAGCACGAAGAACAAGUAUGAGAGAUUAUUUGAGGGAGUUAAACUACAACAGAAUCAAACCCGCCUGAACAGGAUUUACACACAGCUGUACAUCAUAGAGGGAGAGAGUGAAGGAGUGAAUGAAGAACAUGAAGUGCUACAGAUGGAGAAAAGUUACAGGACACUCCAAGACACUCCAAUCAACUGCAAUGACAUCUUUAAUCCUUUACAUGAACCAGGAUAUGAGGAUAUGAGAAGAGAGAAGAAAGACACAAUAAAGACUGUUCUUACUAAAGGCAUCGCUGGAAUUGGAAAAACCGUCUCUGUGCAGAAGUUCAUUCUGGACUGGGCCGAGGGAAAAGCCAAUCAGGAUGUAGAUUUCAUGUUUGUGCUUCCAUUUAGAGAACUGAACUUGAUUAAAGAUCAUCAGUACAGUCUUCACAGACUUCUGCUUGACUUUCAUCCUGAACUUCAGUAUCUGGACUCAAAGAUUUAUGAUGAAUGUAAAGUUGUGUUCAUCUUUGAUGGUCUGGAUGAAAGCAGAAUCACACUGAUGUUUUCAGACAGUCAGAAAGUUUCUGAUGUGACUGAGAUUUCAUCAGUGGGUCUGUUGAUGUCAAACCUCCUGAGAGGAGAUCUGCUUCCCUCUGCUCUCAUCUGGAUCACCACCAGACCAGCAGCAGCCAAUCAGAUCCCCUCCAACUACAUCAACCGUGUGACAGAGAUUCAGGGAUUCAAUGACCCUCAGAAGGAGGAAUAUUUCAGGAAGAGAAUCAGUGAUGAGCAUCAAGCCAGCAGAAUCAUCUCACACAUCAGAAGAGCAAGAAGCCUCCACAUCAUGUGUCACAUACCCGUCUUCUGCUGGAUCUCAGCCACUGUGCUUCAAAACAUCCUGAAACAAGAUCUCAGUGCAGAAAUCCCUGAAACUCUGACUGAAAUGUACAUCUACUUCCUGCUCAUUCAAACAAAGAUGAGGAACCAGAAGUAUGAAGAGAGCGAUUCAGAGAAACUCCUGCAGUCCAACAGAGACGUGAUUGUGAAACUUGCUGAACUGGCUUUCAGUCAGCUGAUGAAGGGCAAUGUGAUGUUUUUUGAGGAGGACCUGCGAGAGAGCGGCAUAGACGUCACUGACGACUCAGUGUAUUCUGGGAUCUGCACUGAGAUCUUUAGAGAGGAAUCUGUGAUUUAUCAGAGGAAGGUUUACAGUUUUGUACAUCUGAGCUUUCAAGAGUUUUUUGCAGCACUGUAUGUGUUUCUCUGCUAUUUACACAAGAACAGUGAGGUUCUGAAAAUGUUCCUGACAGGAAAGAACAGAACUCAGUGUGAGAAUGUUCCUCUGGAUGUGUUUCUGAAGGAAGCAGUGAAUAAAGCAUUGAACCAUGAAAAUGGACACCUGGAUCUUUUCCUUCGAUUUCUUCAUGGCAUUUCACUGGAGUCCAAUCAGAGACUCUUAAAGGAUGUGCUGAUACACACAGAUAACAACCCAGAGAGCAUCAAGAACAUAAUCCAAAACCUCAAACGAGGACAAAAAAACAAUGUCAGUCCUGAACGAUGGAUGAAUCUGACACACUGCCUUUUUGAAAUGAAGGAUAAUUCUGUUAAAGAAAUGAAGGCUCUUUUAAAAUCUAAAGCAAAAAAUAAAAGUCUUUCUCUUGCACAAUGUUCAACUUUGGCAAACAUGAUCCUGAUGUCAGAGGAGGUGCUGGAAGAGUUUGACAUUAAUAAGUACAACAUAAAAUCAAAAGAGGGCAGAAAGAGACUGGUACCUGCUGUGAGGAACUGCAGAAAAGCUGUAUUAACAUCCUGUAAUCUCACUGAUCAGCAUUAUGAAAUUGUGGGUUCAGCUCUACAAUCAUCAAACUCCCUUAAAGAGCUGGACCUGAGUAACAAUUAUCUGCAGGAUUCAGGAGUGAAGCUGCUCUGUGCUGGACUGAAGGGUGUAAACUGUCAACUCAACAUACUAAGAUUAUCUGGCUGUUCGGUGACAGAAGAAGGUUGUGCUGCUCUGGCAUCAGCUCUGAGUUCAAACCCCUCACAUCUAAGAGAGAUGGAUCUGAGUAACAAUGACCUGCAGGACUCAGGAGUGAAGCUGCUAUGUGCUGGACUGAAGAGUCCUAACUGUCAACUCAACAUACUUAGACUAUCUGGCUGUUUGGUGACCGAAGACGGAUGUGCUGCUCUGGCUUCAGCUCUGAGUUCAAACCCCUCACACCUGAGAGAGCUGGAUCUGAGCUACAAUCACCCAGGUGAUUCAGGAGUGAAGCUGCUCUCUGAAACACUCAGCCAUCUGGACAAACUCAAUGUGGAUCAUGGAGGGGAAUUCAGGAUGACAUCAGGACUCCACAAAUACGCCUGUGAUCUCACACUGGAUCCAAACACAGCAAAUGUUUUCCUCAUUCUGUCUGAGGAGAACAGAAAGGUGACAUAUGUGAAAGAGGAGCAGUCAUAUCCUGAUCAUCCGGACAGAUUUGAUGGGUAUAAUCCUCAGGUUCUGUGUUCAGAGAGUCUGACUGGACGGUGUUACUGGGAGACUGAAUGGAGUGGAAAUUAUCCUGAAAUAGCAGUGGCAUAUAAAGAAAUCCAGAGGAAAGGAGUGAGCUGGAGUUAUGACUGUGUGUUGGGAUAUAAUGAGAACUCCUGGAGUCUGAUCUGCUCUGAUCACAGAUUCACUGUCCGUCACAAUAAUAAGGAAACUGUCAUCUCUGCUGCUCCAGACUCCUGUAAGAGAGUCGCAGUGUUUCUGGACGAGUCGAGCGGCUCUCUGUCCUUCUACAGUGUUUCUGACUCACACACACUCACACACUUACACACAUUUACACACACAUUCACUCAGCCUCUCUACGCUGGAUUUAGAGUUUAUUACAACAACUCUUCAGUGUCUCUGUGUCACACUAAACACAAACACACAACUGACUGACACACACACACACACACACACACACACACACAGAGCGUCUGGUCAGCUAUGCUUGUAGGGACUCUACUAUGAUUUUUAAGCUUUAAGGCGAGACACUGCAGGUGAAUAGGGAAAAAAAAAUAUCUAAUAGUUAUCACCUUACUUACCCAGUUGAUUGAUUACAUUGAUUAUUACAAACAUUUUUUGUAUUACAAGUUUUCAAAAAUGUUAUGUUUAAAUAUGCAAAUGAGGCAUUCUUUAAUGAAAUAUGUGCUAAUUUGCAUACAUUUCUAGUACAAAAAUCUGAACACUAGAUGAAGUCAGUUUCACAUUUUUUGUUUAAUUUUUUUGACAUAUUAGAGUCAAAUGUUUUUACAGAGGGAAUUCUGGUUAUCUUUUUUUGUCACUCCAUAAUUCAGAAAAUACUUUGAACAGCCAGAAAACAAUAUAUUUUCACAAUUUUGGGGGGAAUAAAAUGUUGUAUAUAAUCAAGGAAAAUAUAUAUGAACAAAUCCCUCUGUAAAAAUCUUCAGAAUACAGACAGGAAUAAAAAUGUCAAGUUUGGUGUGUGUAAGUGCUACUGAAGUGGAGAUUUAUGGCUCAGUGUUGAAGAAAAAACUCAUUUUGAGAAAACGGCCUUUAAAAAUAUGUAUUGUAAUUGAAAUCUAUUGACACAAACAGAUAAAGUGCUAUAAAAGAAACACUUAACAGUGUCUUUUGGAUGUUUUCCUUCCACUAGUUUGAAAAAGCACUUUAUGAAAAACCAAAAAGCCCAAAAUCUCAAAAUUGACAGGUGCUUGAAAAAACAUUGUUUUUGCCUGCAGUGUCUCGCCUUAAGUACCUCUAUUUAGGUCCCCACCAUGACACAAGUCCCCAUGAGUUUGUGUGUAUUCAGGUUUAAGUCCUCAGGAUAUAUAAACCUGGUGGCUGGACCAUGAUUGUAGUUGAACAAAUUCAGUGUUACAGGAUUAGUUUAAAACCAAACCACUCCAAUCUGGCUUUGUUGGUACCAUGAUGCUGAUCAUUAACUUUCUUUGUCAACUCAGGCUUUGAUCCUGAGUUUGUGUAGGGCAUACACAUGAUUGUGUGAUAUCACUGCCAAACAGCCAAUCAUGAGCCUUGGUUAAAGGUUAAGAUAUUGAAAAUUUUGAUGAAUUUAAAUGCAUUUACAAUUAAAAAAUACUUGUUCAUGAAAGAGGACAAAUAAAAUAAAUGAUAUUGUUCUAUCAGUAAUUUUGUUUAUAUAGUUGAAAAUAUACAGCAAUAGAAAAUCGAGCAUGUAAGGUCACAUAGUCUUUUUCUAAAAAGCCUUAUCUAUUGAUUCUACAGGUUAUUUUAUGCACAUAUAA